AUGGUUCGUGCUUGGUUUAUGGAUGAUGACAUUACUUCGGAUUUACGGUUAGAACAUCAUCGAAAUUUACCUGAAUUUGUCGACGUAAAGCAAUUAUUUGUACUUACCAGAGUUAAACAUUACAAGCUUGAUCUACAAAAAUAUAAAGAAGAAGGAAGUUUGUACGAGAUUCUUAACCAACGUGGAUAUUUCUAUGAAGACGAAAUCACUGAUAAAGAAGAUCUCUUGUCCAUUAAUGAUGAAAAAAUGAAAGGAGCUCUUGAAGAACAUUUGCAUACUGACGAAGAAAUUCAUUUUGUGGUAGAGUGUCAGAGCUAUUAUGACGUUAGAGAAGCGCUCUGCUAUUUCAUCGGAAUACCGUCUUGCCCAACAUACCAUCGACCAGCUGGUGAUGUGAAUUGUCGUAAAAAUUAUUUGAAAGAGCUUAGUUCUGAAUGA